AUGGAUUAUUUUACGGUUAAGCAGAGCUUUUACAAUGGCUUAUAUGAGAAAGUACUGGAAGAAGCUUCCAAGCUGGGCAAAGUAGAGGAUGUCACAAUCAAGUACUACCAAUUGAGAAGCGAGCUGGCCUUGGGUCAAUUGAAGGCUGGUGGUGACGAUUCUUUGUCGCAGGCUUUUGCUCUAUAUGAAACCUUCUUGAAGGAUUCGAAGCAUGAUCUAAGCAAGUUGGAGUCCCAUGUGAAAGGUAAGAAUUGUUUGUACCACUUGAACUUGUUGGCCAGUGCACAAGCUAUUAAAGGUGAUGUUGAAGAGAGUCUAAAGACAUGUGUUGAAGGUAUUGACUCAGGCAACGAAGUUGGUGUUCCAGACCUAUUGCUUCUGGCCAUUGAAGUGGCUCUCUUGAACAAUAAGGCAUCUACUGCAUCUACAAUGUUCGAAAACUAUACCAGUACGAAUGCUGACAGUUUGUCGAGCGAAGAUGAAUUGAUAAUAAAUCUAGCCGAAUCUUAUAUUAAGUUCGCCACAAAUGUAGACACUUCUAGUUCCAACUUUUAUCAUUUCGAAGAGUUAGCACAAACUUUCCCAACUUGGAAAUCUCAAUUGGGAUUGUUGAACUUGCAGUUGCAACAAGGUAAUACUACUGAAGCCCAAUCAAUUGUCGAUCUAUUAGAAUCUGAAUAUUAUAGUAAGAACCUAGAAGCUGUCCAGCUGUAUAAAGGUAAUUUCCUGGCAAACAAAAUUACAUUAGCCAUUAUGGAAGGUGAGAAAUCUAAGGCUGAGGAAUUGAGAUCUGAACUAAAGCAAUUCGUUCCAAACCAUGGUUUCAACAAAAGCCACGAAGAACUGACAUCGAAAUUUGAUGAAAUAGUGGUUAAAUAUAAGAAUUAG